GAGGCAGCAGAAGAUCAUAUAUAUGAUCGCUGCCUCUUCCCUAACACGAGGAAACUCUCAUAAUCAUCAUAGAGAUGGUUGUUGAUCUGGAGUCGGUGUCAGAGGCAACCUCUGGAGCCGUGGGAUCUCUUCUGAGUACAACCAUCUUAUAUCCACUCGAUACAUGCAAAUCAAAGUUCCAAGCCGAGGUUCGAGCUCGAGGCCAGCAAAAAUACAGACAUCUCUCUGAUGUUCUGUGGGAAGCGGUUUCUAAACGACGGAUCCUCUCGCUGUACCAAGGCCUAGGGACGAAGAAUCUGCAGUCCUUUGUCUCCCAGUUCAUCUAUUUUUACAGCUAUAGCUAUUUCAAGAGGUCGUAUAGCGAAAGAACCGGUUCGAAAUCGAUCGGGACGAAGGCUAACUUGCUCAUUGCUGCUGCUGCUGGAGCUUGUACUUCUGUCUUAACCCAGCCUCUAGAUACAGCUUCGUCGAGGAUGCAAACGAGUGAGUUUGGAGAGUCAAAAGGGUUGUGGAAGACCUUAACAGGUGGUGAUGCAUGGGGAGAUGCGUUUGAUGGUCUUGGGAUCUCUCUUUUGUUGACGUCUAAUCCUGCAAUUCAGUAUACAGUGUUCGAUCAGCUGAAACAGCGCCUGCUUAAACAGAAAACCGCAAAAGCCGAGAGUGGUUCUUCUUCACCGGUCGUGCUAUCUGCCUUUAUGGCCUUCUUGUUAGGUGCGGUCUCCAAAAGUAUUGCCACUGUCAUCACAUAUCCUGCAAUCAGGUGCAAAGUGAUGAUUCAAGCUUCUGAUGAGACGAAGGAAAAGGAAACUGAGAAGCCCGUAAGUAGGACAAAGAAAACGAUACCAGGGGUUGUCUGUGACAUAUGGAGAAAAGAAGGAAUGUUAGGGUUCUUUAAAGGGUUGCAUGCUCAGAUCUUGAAGACAGUUCUGAGCUCAGCUUUGCUACUGAUGAUCAAAGAGAAAAUCAGUGCAACAACAUGGAUUCUCAUUCUAGCUAUCCGUAGAGCUCUGUUUCUUAAAAAUGGUAAGUUGAAAAGUCCUUAAGACUCCGCAAAAUCCGUUUGCUACCGCCACACACGUUCCAAGCAAAAGCAAGGACAGUCUUGCAAGUCUGGUCGGUCAAGUUGUUCACUCUCUAAUGUCUAUGUAUGAUUCACGCAGGAUAAAACUUGGUUCUGGUUAUAUGUACUGGAAAUUAUUCUAAUACAAGCAUUGUAAUAAUUCUCGUUUCAUGAAUCACGCUGGUUUU